CCUGACCGGGUGCUGAGGAGUUUCGUUCCUGAAUUCAGUUCUUCAGCUUUCGGUUUUAUAUUCUUAAAAUUACAUCGAUAUAAAUAGCUGGGAAGGUUAAGGACAGCAACAUGGCAACCGCAGCAGCUCGCCCUCCGUCGAAUAGUGAAGAAUCUAAGCUACAUUUCCGAAUGAUAAAUGAGCAACAAGUGGAUGAUAUCUGCAUUCACUUCUUCUACAAGCCACACACCAUCACCCUUCUGACAGCUACUUUACUCAGUCUGAUGUACUUUGCCUUCACCAGGGAAGAUGAAAAUCAAGACAGCAACAUCCGUGUGGGUGUGCUAGUGGUUGUUUCGUUCUUCAUGGUCGUCAGCGUACUGGCUUUUCCAAAUGGGCCCUUUAUAAGACCUCACCCUGCAAUAUGGAGAAUGGUGUUUGGUCUCAGUGUGCUCUACUUCCUGUUUCUUGUAUUUCUCAUCUUCCUCAGUUGGGAACAAGUGAAGACUCUGAUGUAUUGGCUGGAUCCAAAUCUGCGUUUUGCCAAACGGGAAGUUGACAUAAUGGAAUAUGCUACAAACUGUACUGACAUAUCAUGGAAGCGCAUCAUGAGCCACUUGGACUUCUUUGCAUUCGCCCACUUCGCAGGAUGGGCCUUGAAGGCUCUGCUGAUCCGCAGCUACGGCCUCUGCUGGACAAUCAGCAUCACCUGGGAACUCACUGAGCUCUUCUUCAUGCACCUUCUGCCAAACUUUGCAGAGUGCUGGUGGGAUCAGUUGAUUCUGGAUAUCUUGUUGUGUAAUGGAGGAGGAAUCUGGCUGGGGAUGACAGCCUGUCGUUUCCUGGAGAUGAGGAUCUAUCGCUGGGGCAGCAUCAAAAAAAUCCACUCGACCACGGGGAAGAUAAAGCGAGCUGUGCUUCAGUUUACACCGGCCAGCUGGACCUAUGUGCGUUGGUUUGAUCCAAAUUCCUCCUUCCAGAGACUGGCAGGAAUCUACCUCUUUAUGAUCUUAUGGCAGCUGACAGAGUUGAACACGUUUUUCCUGAAGCACAUCUUCGUCUUCCAGGUCUCUCACCCUUUCAGCUGGUGUCGUAUCCUGCUAAUUGCAGUUAUCACUGCACCCACCGUGCGGCAGUACUAUGCCUACCUGACAGACACUCGGUGUAAGCGGGUUGGUACGCAGUGCUGGAUGUUUGGGGCCAUCGCAUUCCUGGAAGCUCUCAUUUGUGUGAAAUUUGGUAUUGAUUUGUUUUCCCAGACUGAAAUUUUGUAUGUGGUUUUCUGGUUGCUUUGCCUGGCACUCAUCACACUCCUGUGUCUGUAUGGCAUGGUUUGGUUUGAACAAAAUAAGCUAAAGAGCACUUUUUUACAAGAUGAGGACAGAGGUGUCUCUAACUCGGGUUCCUUGUGCCAUGAUGAAACCACAGACCAGAAAGAUUCAUUGGGACUUUCACAGGUAACAAGACAGAGGAAGUGUCUUGCUAAGAACAGAGUUGUGACCAGCGAAGAGGAAAAGAAACAAUGAGCAACAAGCAUUAAGAUAUUCUCUCUUUUUAUUUUUUAUUGGAUGCCAAAUUGAAUUGAUAUUUACUCUUGUAUCACUGGUUUUAUAAGUUGCUGAAAACCAAAAAGCUGUAGUAAAGAUGGCAUUAAAAGACUCAGUUAAAAAUUCUGAUAUGUUUGAGAGCCAGAAACAAAAUGCUUGUGGACCUGCAUGAUUAUAGUUCUGGAUGUUAAUAUAUGAACAAACAAAAAACAGGCUCCACUGGACUGUUCUACCAUCAGCACUCUUUUAAGACUGUCUCACAGCAGCAUGCAUCUUAAAUUUUGCACUCCUGUCCAAUUUGCAUUGUAUAUAUUUAACAUUUUGUAAGAUAUUAAAAUUAGUCAAGUAGAUUAUUCUAGUGAAAUGUUUUUUCUUUGCCAAACUGAAUUUUGCACUUGUAUUUGAGACAGUUAAUCAGGGUUUUAAGCGAUUUUCUUCAAUGAAAGCUGCACUUCUAAGUUUUUGUUUACUCACUACAGGUCAGACUAAGCUACUUUUACUAAACCAAUAAGCUCAGUGUGUGUUACUGUGACUAAUGUUGUACAGUUUGUCAAAAUGUGGCAUCUUUGAUAUCUAAAAGAGCAUCAGAAGGUAACAGCUUGAAUGGAAAAAUAUAUGUUGUUUAUAACAAAAGUUAGGACUUGAGUUGUUAACAUUGUUAGUUUUUCAUGUUGUAAAUUGCAUUUACUGCACAAAAUGUCCAAAGCACUGACAUACUUGAGUCCCUUAAACACUUAUGUUUUCUUACAGUGAAAUAACACUUUAUGUAAUAAAAAAAUAUAUUGAUGGUUGCAAUGUAAACAUGAUGCACCAUGAGGUGAUGUGAAUAUUUCUAUUCUGCUUUUUCUACAGUUUAAUGAUCACGUGGAAUAAAUUUCUGUUUUUGUGAA